CGAUGCCACUCCUCGCCGUCUGUCCCCGCCGCGUUCCGCCGCUUUCGCUCGCGCGCCGCCACCGCCGCAGCUUGUAUCGGGCCCGGUCCCUCGCGCUCAAAUGCGAGGUCUCCUCUCCUCCGCUACUUCUGACCCGGAGGAUGUCCGCCGCUGGCUCGCUGCUUGUCGCUGUCGUCCCCGUCCCCGCGCCGUCGCCGCAACUCCCCGUCGCCUCCGCGUCGGAGUUGGAGACGGAGACGGCGGAAGGAGAGAGCGGAGCUUCUGAGGGGUUAGCAUUGGAGCGUUACACCGACCAGGAGCAGGGCUUCACCCUCCUCAAGCCGGCCUCCUGGCCCAAGGUGGAGAAGGCGGGCGCGACGGCGCUGUUUCAGCAGGAGGGAAAAGGGAGCAACAAUAUUGGGGUUGUCGUGAACCCUGUCCGGCUCAAUUCGCUGGCGGAGUUCGGGACGCCGCAGUUCGUUGCGGACAGGCUUCUGCAAGCAGAGAAGAAAAAGGAAAGUACCAAGUCUGCCGAGGUGAUUUCAGUGGGAGAGAGGUCAGGUCAUGGUGGCUUGACAGUGUAUGAGAUCGAGUACACGCUGGACAGCACAAGGGGAGGGAUGAAGCGGAUCUUCUCGGGUGCGUUUGUCGCUUCAAGGAAGCUCUAUCUGCUCAACAUAGCCUAUUCAGACACCCAGGAGAAGCCCUUGGACAGGGAGACAAGAACCGUUCUGGAAAAAGUUCUCCAUUCUUUUGAUUCUGUAUAGGUGAUAUUUUUUUAUAGCCGAGGUAUGGCACCUUUUCUUAUUUUCGGAAUUUCUUUCACUUGAAAAUACAGUCGCAAGUAAUUGUUUGUUUGUAAAAUGAGUGCUGACCAAAAUAGCUGCAGUGUCCAUGUGUCCAAUACUGUUGCACUUGCACCUUUAUCAGUGAUUUCAGGUUAUAAGUAAUUUCAGUUCAGAUAAUGAGCUUCAUCUUCUACAGAUUGGUAGUAUUUGUGUCACCAGGCAGUAAAAUGUUGUGACCUUUGAUUCCUAGCCUGGCAUUACUGCAUCUGUAAUAUCCUGGACAAAGCGUGGGGUGGUGGCAGUGUUAUUCCUUGAAAAAUCUGUAACGCCUAUUGAACUCCCUAAAGUUUAUCUGAAUUCCAGGAUCACUUCAUUU